AUGACGAGGCAGACUUCUCUCGUUCCCAGGCUACUAACGCUAGCCUCACUAGCUGCACUUUCACAAGCAGAGCUAGGCAAGAUCCAAUGGAAAGGAUCUUGCAACUUGACCACUUAUCCGGCAUUGAUCUGUGGAACACUAGACGUGCCAUACGACUACACGGAGUCAAAUUCCAGCAAGACACUGACUCUCGACAUCGCCAAGUGGCCAGCGACCAAGAAACCAGUCUCGGAGCCCAUCAUAUUUAACUUUGGAGGACCUGGUGUCAAUUCGUUCGAGGGCCUUGGGCUUUAUGGAGAGGAAUUUCAGGCUAUUCUUGGAGGUCACAAUGAUUUGAUAGCUUUUAACAACCGAGGCGUUGGAAACACCAUCCCGUUCUCCUGCUACAGCGAUGACGCCACCCGUGAACUCGUCGCCCUUCAAGCUCCUAACGACGGCAGAGCGUCCAGCACGGCUUUGGGAGAAAUCUGGGCCCAGAACGCAAACAUCGCACAGGCAUGCUAUGCUACGAACAAUCAAACUGGUAGUCUUAUUGGAACUAGCUUUGCUGCAAGGGACAUCAUGCAGGUCGCUGAUGCGCUCAGUGGAAAGGAUAGUUUGGUCAACUACUGGGGAUUCUCAUACGGCACUACAAUCGGUGCUGUUCUCGCAGCCAUGUUCCCGGAUCGAAUGGGGAAUGUCGCGCUUGACGGAGUGGACAACCCCAGAGAGGCUCUUUAUGGAUACAACGCACAAGCGGUUGUGGACGUCGACAAAGUUUUCGAAGGAUUCUGCACGGGCUGCAUGGCCGCACCGGACCUCUGCCCUAUCGCCAAGGAGUACACCAGCGCCGCCAACUUGGAAGCCGCAAUUUACCUGAUGCUGGAAAACCUCAAGUACAACCCGAUUGCCAUUCCCGAAACCGGUGGAAUCGUAACUUGGAGCGACGUCAAGUCGACCAUUUUUGAGGCCAUGUACCUGCCAAGCUCUUGGCCCUUGACCUCUGAGCUUCUUUACUACGUGCAAACCCGCAACACAACGAUCCUUGGCAACUCUGAAGUAUACGACACCAUCAAAUCCUACGGUCAAUCGGCUUCUUUGACUUCGGCUUCCGAUGAGGUCGGCACGGCCAUUACAUGCUCCGACAAGCAUCGAUCUGCCACCAUUAAAGAGGUCCUCCCGUACGUCAAAGCCAGACAGGCUCUGACCAAGAUCGGAAGUGAUGGCUCGGACGGCGACAUGAGAUGCGCGCAGUGGAAUCCGAAGAUGUUCGCCAAGGAGCGCUACUCCGGUGACUUUGAAGUCAAGACAGCCAACCCGGUGUUGAUUCUGAGCAACACUUACGAUCCAGCGACUCCUCUUCCCGCAGCGAAGAACCUGACAGAGACCUUUGAGGGAAGUGUCUUGCUCGAGCAGAACGGAUACGGUCAUACUACCCUGUCUAUGCCAUCUCUUUGCACUGCCAAGGCCGUCCGGGCUUACUUCACCAAUGGCACAUUGCCCGCUGACGGAACGAUCUGCCAGGUGGACGUGCCUCUGUUCACGAACUUGACCUACAAGGAUGUGUGGCCGAAGAGUUUCCAACGGAGCGUUGAGUCGAGGGAUGAUGCGACUAUCCUCAAGGCUUUGAUGUCGGUCCGUGAUAAGAUGUCGCGACGCAGGAUGUGUAUUUAUUUGUACACCAACAGCGCUUCAUGGAGACCGGAACUUCCCUGA